CUCUACUUUCUUCGACAACAUCGCCGACAUGGCGGACGGUCGGGAACUUGCACCAAUCCACACUGUUGGGCGUGGCCGGUUCGUCAGCAUCGAGCAUCCGUCCAUCAUCAAAAACUUUGAGCGUGGCUUCGCAUCGCUCGGUGGUGAGGCACUCGUGAAGAACGCUCUCGAACAUCAUGUAGGUGACUCAAGACUCAGCAGCAGACAGAAUGCGCUUCCAGAACCGGUCGUAGGCGUUUCCCUCCGGCCCAAUGACCCAUUGGCGAAGAAGAUUGCGUCGACGGGCAUCGAGACUCGGAACGUUCUGUUGAAAGUUACAGUGCCGAAGCAAACAGGUCGCAAGCGCAAACGGGGCUCCGAUGAGCCCUUCACUGAGCCAGCUCAGCCCGUGCGGGUGUGCAGCAACCCCAAGGCUGCUCAGAUUGUGCGAAGACUUCGCGACAAUGUGGACAGAUAUAGUGUCGAGGCUGUAGGAAUGGUGCGCGAGACACACAGAUUCCGCACGCUGCCAGACUUUCAGCUUCGCAACGCCGACCUGCCCAUCAUGAGAGAGAUUCGAGAUCACCUCAUGGUAUCGGACUACGACAGAUUGAAGAGCUUCCAUGUCGACCUCGGAUCUAAUCCUUCGAUGGCGACCGCAUUCCCCGGACCUCCGGCGUUCACCAGCAUGGACAUGCCCUACAAGUAUGACUACGAACAGGCCGCUGGUGUUGUCUUCGAGAAAGACGAGACCGGCAAUUUGACCUCCAAAAACCUGUCAGCACCACCGCGUCGAGUGAUCUGGGCCCUCGCGCCGGACUGCGGCGACGAUGAAAUACCACAAAAGCCGCCUAUGGAAAUACCCAGACGCAGUCCAGGCGGUGAUGUGCUGCCGAGGGCAAUCGACGAGUUACAAAAGCUUAUGGAUGAGCGGCCUCUGAUCACGAAGCGCGUGGCCAUCAAUGCUUUGCCCACAAUCAGUGAGUCUAUUUUCAAGGAAGCCACUCAGUAUGUCGGAUACAGCUUCAGAGCUGGACCUUGGCGCGAUAGUCUGAUCAGAUAUGGCGUCGACCCUCGAAAGGAUCCAAAGUACCGCUUCUACCAGACGAUGAUGUUUCAAGUCGACCGGGAAGCCUUCAAGCAUGCUCCGGAAUCUUUGAAGACUCCCGACGGCGCUCUCGCACCCGAACACAAGUCGCUGUGGGCACGCACGCUGCGGCACUCAAAAGCCGAUCCGAGCACACACAUAUUCGAUGGCAAGAACAUCACAGCAAAUGGCAAAACAUGGCAGGUCUGCGACGUUACCGAUCCCGUCGUGCACGCCCUCUUCCAUACGGAUGAGAUUCGGACGGAGUGCGACGUUCACCAGUGGGGAUGGUAUUGGAAUGGGACCAUGUCAAAGGCGCGAACGAUCAUGAAGGACAAGAUGCGGUACCUGUUUGCCGGUCAGGAGCCACCAGAAGAGGACUACAAGGCCGUGGCUACGAUUCCGAAUAAAAUCCUUCGGGGCGAUCGCACCGAGACGUAUCUGAACGCAAAACAGCUUGGCCCACACGCUGCUUCAAUGAGCCAGGAAAUUAGGUAUGCGGCGAAGAAUGGUGACAAUGCGAGAGCGUUGAUAAUGUCAGCCAAGGCCCGCAAGUCGGGAAGUACUGCCAAUGGCACUCAGGAAGAUGGUGCGGAUGCAGAUAUGAUCGUUGGAGAAGAAGAUGGCAUGAAUGAUGUGGCCAUGGAUAGCGAUGGUGUCGACGAUGGCGCCGGUGACUUUGCGGAUAUGGAAAACCAGGCUGAUGCAGGUGCUGAAAUUGGAGAACGUGCCAAUGAGGGCGGAUAA